ACCAAUACAUUUUAUCCAUAAUUUCGCUUCAUAUGACAAGAAUUGAAAGGAUUUGCCAGUCGAUUGUCGACGUGAUUCAUGAUGAAGACUGCAUGUCUAGCUUGCUAGCUAAGAUUUUGAAAGUAUGAUGUUGUCAUGAUCAGUCCAAUCAAAGCUACGGUAGAUAUAACGUGAUUUGACAUCAUUUUAUCUGUGGCUAAUGACCUUGAGCCUUCUUGGAUGGGCAUUUCUAAUGUAACUCUAUGGCAGCAUCCAAGGCGCUUGAAUUUUCCAGCUCUCCCCAUAGAUUUUGCCGUGACGUACAGUAGUGUCCCCAUGAGUGACAGAACACUGAGCCAAUCAUAUCGCAACUGGAGAACAUUACCAAACUGGCUUCCCCACCACCACAGAAAGCACUGAGCUAAGCUGAAACACCUGCAUUUUGGAGAUCCCUUACUCAAGAAAGCAAAAAAGAGACCAUGCAGCUUUAUUAACUGAAUAAUUAAAAAAUAGAUAUAUUUAUAUGUGACAGGAAUUAAUGCCACUGCUGAAUACAACUGCAACUUUAAAUCAAUAUAGUGUUUGUGUUUGAAUUAAGAUGCAGGAUUAAGAUGUCAGAUCUGCUGCCACCCACAAGAUGCAGUAGUGAUAAAGUCCGGAGAAUGUGGAGUUUCUUAUCAUUCAUCAAACUGAAAGUACUACCUUUAGAUUCAUACUGUUACAGUAAGGUCACCGUAGUUCCCUUUUUUUUAGCCACGUUCCAAUUCCCUUUUCACUUCUGCAUUUAUAGUUGAUUUGGUGUUCAGCAGCGUAAGUGUCUGACCACUAAAGAGAACGCAAGUUCUACAGCUACAACAGGUCAAUCCCACCAAUCUGUGUCACGCACCAUGGGCAGAUGUAUCGAAGUUUGCAAGCUGGUCUUAUGGGUUGCAGUUUGUGUGACCUUCAUUGUCAUGGGUGCUGUGUACGCUGAUGACUGCCCAGUGAAACGUGUCAUCCCUAUCCACAUGAUCAUUUCUGGAUCUUUCGGGCUCCUCUAUGUAUUCUUCUCCUGCUGCAAGGACCGUGUUGUGUGCCAACAUUUGUCUAAACUAUUUUGGUUCAUGAUCAUCAUCUGGCUCAUUAUUGGCCAUUUUUGGACCUUCUCUGUAUUCCAACCCAACUACGCACGGAAAGAGAUCAUCGGCAACACAGUAUACUGCAACAAAUCUCUAUACCUCUUUGUGGCCUCUACCACCAUCAUAUUGGACAUUAUUAUAUGUAUGUGGCUGCUUGUGUUGUUUGAUGUAUGUCCAUGCUUCAUACUUUGUCUGGUCUGCUGUGUCUCUUUAUGCAAGUCUGACGAUGGCAAACCUGUGCAGGUUGUUGAGCCUUUGACGGUUGUGGAGACUGAGGACUGUGUUGAACCUAAGGAGUGCGUGUGGACUGAGGUGUGUAUGGGGAUUGAGGUGUGUGUGGAGACUCAGGAGAGUGUGGGGCAUGACGAGAGUGUGAAACAUGAAGAGAGUGUGGAGUACGUGGAGAGUAUGGAGUAUAAGGAGUAUGUGGUAACUGGGCAGAGUGAGUCCAACACUGCUCAUUAUUAAUGCAAUUCACUAUUCACAAUACCAAUAGUAAUUUACAUUAAUUUGUCUAUUUUGGGGGGUGAGAUCAUGUAAAAAUGUAGAUGUCAUCAUAAAAAAAUAAGCAAUCAAUGGGUCAAUUUGUGCCAUUAUGUUACCAAAAAUCUGAAGAUUAAAAUAAAAAUAUUAAUUCCCACUUUGAUUUUCAAGAUUUAAAAUGUACCUUGGUAGACAAAUAUUAUCGUUACCAUUUUUGAGCAGAAUGAUAAUCAUUUGGCUAAUAGGCUGCUGUUCCACUUCACAAACACCCGCCCUGAAAUAGUUUAGUGGAACGGCCCAUCAAUGAAAACGCACACCCAAAGAAAAUGGACUGGUGUGUUAAAAUGCCUGGGCCGACUAUUGGUCCGAUUUUGCCCCUGCUGUAGUUCGUAAAUCAUUACAAUUAUAAUAACUAACUGGAUCAAAUUGUGUGACCAUCAUCUUAGUGCUUGACAAAUACGAGGCCUAAGCACAACGCCUCUCCCCUAUUUGACCUAGAUAGUUUGUGUACGUAUUAAUAUGUAGGCUAAGUGUAACCGAUAUGAAAUGUCUAGCUAGUUAGCGGUGGUGCCCGCUAAUAGCGUUUCAAUUGGUGACGUCACUCGCUUUGAGACCUUGAAAUAGUGGUUCCCCGGCUGCGCAUUUUGUGGAGCGAUGGGUAACGAUGCACCGAGGGUGACUGUUGAUGUGUGCAGAGGGUCCCUGGGUCGAGCCCAGGUUGGGGCGAGGAGAGGGAUGGACUCAAGUUAUAUUGUUACAUAAGUGUGCCUUUUGUAAGAAAUAAAAUAAUUUAUGUAGUUCUGUCCUUGAGCUGUUGUCUAUUAAUGUUCUGUAUUAUGUCAUGUUUCAUGUUUUGUGUGGACCC